GCUGAUGAGGAGAGAGCCGGCCGGCGAUGUGGGACGUGCCAAAGAGAUGGAUGAAACUGUUUCCGAGUUUUUCAGGAGGACCAUCUUGAAAAUCCCAAUGACUGAAAUGAUGACAAUACUAAAAACCUGGAAUUUUUUGUCUGAAAAUCAACUACAGACUGUAAACUUCCGGCAAAGAAAGGACCCUCUUGUUCAGGACUUGGUUCUGCUUUGUGAGGAGAAUCGUGCAAGUCUCAAGGAUGCAGCCCUUUUAGACAUCAUUUAUACUCAAUUUCAUCGGCAUCAGAAAGUUUGGGAUGUUUUUCAGAUGAGUAAAGGACCAGGUGAAGACAUUGACCUUUUUGAUAUGGAACAAUUCAAAAGUUCAUUCAAGAAAAUUCUUAAGAGAGCAUUAAAAAAUGUGACAGUCAGCUUCAGAGACGCUGAGGAGAAUGCAGUAUGGAUUCGAAUUGCCUGGGGAACACAGUAUAGAAAGCCAAACCAGUACAAACCUGCUUAUGUGGUGUAUUAUUCCCAAACUCCAUAUGCCUUCACUUCUUCCUCCCAACUGAAAAGCAAUCUACCCCUUCUGGGUCAGGCACUGACAAUUGCUAGCAAACACCAUCAGAUUGUGAAAAUGGACCUCAGAAGCCGGUAUCUGGACUCUCUUAAGGCUAUUGUUUUUAAACAGUAUAAUCAGACCUUUGAAACUCACAACUCUACUACACCUCUACAAGAAAGAAGCCUUGGGCUAGAUAUAAAUAUGGAUUCAAGGAUCAUUCAUGAAAACAAAAUAGAAAAAGAGAGAGUCCAGAGAGUGACUCAAGAAAUUUUUGGAGACUAUCCACAACCAAGACUAGAAUUUGCACAAUAUAAGCUUGAAACGAAAUUCAAAAGUGACCUAAAUGGGGGCAUCCUGGCUGAGAGAGAAGAACCCCUCCGGUGCCUGGUUAAGUUCUCGAGCCCCCAUCUUCUGGAAGCACUGAAAUCCUUAGCACCAGCCGGUAUUGCAGAUGCACCACUUUCUCCAUUGCUCACUUGCAUACCCAAUAAGGGAAUGAAUUAUUUUAAAAUUAGAGAUAAAUAAGAUGUAUGUGGUUCUGUAAGCACAGCAUCCUUGACUGUAUUGCAUAUGCAUUUUAUAAUGACUAGCUGGAUAGCUUCUAUCUACAAACUUGUUUUAGAGAUUAAUCCUUGAU